GACGCCGUCGUGCCGCCCUGAGCCCGGCGGGCGCGAUGCCGUGGCGACAGCUCCGGGGGCCGCUUCUGCCCCUCGGGCUCGGCCUCCGGCUGCUCCUUGUGCUGCUGCUGCUGCUGCUUGGAGGCGGCGAGGCGGCCCCGCUGCCGCUCGCAGGGGAAGCAGUUGCAACUGAAGUUUCCUCCUCUUUUGUGAUUUUGUCCACAUGUACUUUAGUAGUACUGGUAAUACUACUUGUGAACUGUGUAUCCUGUUGUAAAGAUCCUGGGAUAGACUUCAAGGAAUUUGAAGAUAAUUUUGAGGAUGAAAUUGAUUUUACGCCCCCAGCAGAAGAUACUCCAUCUGUUCAAUCUCCUGCAGAGGUUUUCACUCUUUCAGUUCCGAAUAUUGUUUUACCAGCUCCGUCGCAGUUUCAGCCUCUUCCAGUGGGAUCAAAGUCUCAAGUUGCACGACAGAGUCUAAACUAUAUCCAAGAAAUUGGAAAUGGCUGGUUUGGAAAGGUCCUGCUUGGGGAGAUCUACACAGGAACUAGUGUAGCAAGAGUAAUAGUGAAGGAAUUAAAGGCAAGUGCGGGUUCCAAGGAGCAAGAACAGUUUUUAAGAAAUGGAGAGGCUUACUGUGUUCUUCACCAUCCGAAUGUUGUCCAGUGCAUUGGGCAAUGUGUAGAAGCUGUCCCUUAUCUGUUGGUGUUUGAGUUCUGUGACUUGGGUGACCUAAAAACUUAUCUCUGCAAUGAGCAGGAGCAUAUCAAGGGAGAGUCACAAAUAAUGCUGCUACAGAGAAUGGCGUGUGAAAUUGCUGCUGGACUUGCCAUAAUGCAUAAACAUAAUUUUGUGCAUAGUGACUUGGCCUUACGGAAUUGCUUUCUUACAUCAGACUUGAAUGUAAAAGUGGGAGAUUAUGGAAUAGGACUCAGUAGAUACAAGGAAGAUUAUAUUGAAACAGAUGAGAAGAAGUUUAUUCCUCUUCGAUGGACUGCACCUGAGCUAGUAACUAGCUUUCAGGACAGAUUGUUAGCAGCAGAACAAACCAAGUAUAGUAACAUAUGGUCAUUGGGUGUAACAUUAUGGGAACUUUUUGAGAAUGCUGCUCAGCCUUAUUCACACUUUUCUGACAGAGAAGUGCUAACUCAUGUCAUAAAAGAGAAACAGGUUAAACUCUUCAAACCACAUCUGGAACAACCCUAUUCUGAUAGAUGGUAUGAAGUUUUGCAGUUCUGCUGGCUAUCUUCAGAAAAGAGACCAACAGCAGAGGAAGUGCACAGACUUCUAACCUAUCUCCGCAUGCAAAGCCAAAGGGACUCUGAGAUUGAUUUUGAACAGCAGUGGAAUGCUCUUAAGCCAAACACUCUCAACAGAGAAUCAACCAAUUCUGCAUUUCCAAUCCUAGAUCACUUCACAGGAGACAGACUUGGCCAUGAAAUGGAAGAAGUCCUGACUGUAACUGAAACAAGUCGGGGGCUCAGCUUUGAAUAUGUUUGGGAGGCAGCCAAGCACGAUCAUUUUGAAUGUAAUCAGGUGAAUCCUGAUGAAGCAACGACAUAUACAAGCAUUUUCUUCCCAGUUGAGGUUUUUGAGAGAUCUCUUUCAGAGCAAGGGUCUGGAACACAAGAUGAAAGUGGUCAGGAGGCAUCACUUACUGUGCCUGGGGUGCUUCCUGUUUUUGAUGCCCACAAACUUUCUGUUGGAAGUGAUUACUAUAUUCAGUUGGAAGAGAAAGGGGGUGGCAGUAGCGUGAACUUUGAUAAUCAGUCAGCUGUACUAACCACAGAAGUUGAUCAUCAAGAAGUUUUACUGGACAAAAAUUCUCACUUUAUGAUUCUCAGGGAUCUUGAUGCUGAAGAAUCUAGCACUGAUGGGGACUUUUUCCACUAUAACACAGAUCCUAAAGAUGAGAUUUUGCAUGCUACUAGUAGUUCUGAAAGCCCUAUCCAGAAUAUAUUUAAUGAUAUUGACAGAGCAGAGGAAUUGGCAAGUAGGAGGACACUUUUUGACUUGCCUGAAACAAAUGAUGACUGCAUGGAAUUUAAACCAGCUGCUUUAAGUUCUAGUUUAGAGGUAUUGAAAGGAAUCUGUCAACCUGAGAGAGAGUGCUCUAGUAAUUUUUCAGAAAAUGAAGCUGUUCUACAUGAAGAUAUUACAAAGCAGUGUGACAGCCUCCUUACUUUAGAAGACUUGUCAGAUAACUUUCUGUUUCUUCAAGAGAAGAACUUAUUAAAGGGGUUAUUGACUAACAAAGAUAACAGUAAAGAUUUGGGGUCAAAAUCAGUAACAGGUAUAAAAAAUAUAUUAGAAACUCCAAAUAGAAAUACUCUGGACAUUGAAUUUAAAUUGGCUGAAAAUACACCAACCUUUUCAGAGCUUUUAGAUUAUCAAGUAAUAAAGAAAGAUGAACAUUUAAUCCACAUACCGACAGGUAAGGAGUUGAGCAUUUUGUCUCAGUCUCUCAUAGAAAUGCAGGUGCCUUUUAGUUCACCUGGCACAGAUGAGAAAUUGCAUGAUAACCAUCAGAACCUCACCCCAUUGAAAGGUGACACUGUCCUUUCAAGGAUAGCGGUUGAUAAAAAAUCAUCUUGCACUAUUAAUGAUGGUCUCUGUCAAGAAACAUCUCAAAGGGCUGAAACUGCAUCUUCUGAAAAGCUACCCAUUAAUGCCAAAAACAUUAGUACUGGAAACAGCUUAAGUCAAGCAGUUGCACUUGAAACUGGAGAGUUUGAGGGACAAAUAAAAGACAGAAUACCUGUUGAUUCUGAAGAAAUAACUUUGGGUAGUGGCCUUGGUAGUCAGAAAUGUGAUAUUAGUCAGGAAGGUAGGAAUAAUGAUUUGCAGAAUAAGCCUUCGCUAUUAGAAAAGGAUAAUGCAGGGUCGUUGGAGAGAAAAAAGGAAAAUCCAGAUUAUUUUAAAAAAUAUAAUAAAGAUGUUUCUAAAGAAGUUACUUUAAUAUCUGUUACUACCCCAUGUGAAAGUCAGGAUAGUCUGUUGGGAGAGAGCUCAUCUCCUAUGCAAACUGUAGAACAGUUCUUAGAAACUCCAGAUUCUUUGGAUUUGUUAGAUGUAAAUGAAGUUUUAGAGUGUUUAAGGGCCCAGAGUCCCCAGAAGCUUUUACCUCCUGAUAAACCUGGUGACAGUGGCUAUGAAACUGAGAAUCUGGAAUCUCCAGAAUGGACUUCACAUCUUACUGCUGAUGAUACUUCUAAUACAGACACUGUACCAUGUGUUGCUGGUGACAGCAGUGUUUUACCAGCCAAUCCAGUAAUCGUUGUUUCAGCAGAAACAGCUUGCUCAGAUGCAGUAAACGACAACAGUGACUUUGAAAUUACCACAAAGAUUUCUGCAGUUGGAAAUCAGAACUCAUACAGAGACUCUGCCUAUUUUUCUGAUAAUGAUUCUGAGCCGGAUAAAAGAACAGAAGAUAUAAAUAUGUCAAUACUAACAAGAGAGAACAUUUUCAGUAAUAACUCUCAUAACAUUGAAAAGAAUAAUAUUGAAGAAGAUUGUUUAAAAAAUAAACAGCCAAAGCACAAUCAAGUAAUAGAUUGCCAGGAAACCAAUAAUUUAGCCUCAAAACUAGAAAUAAAUGACAAGCUGGAGAGACGGCAGAUAGAUGUAACAAUGCAGAUGUGUCCUGAAAAAUGGCUAAAAGAAACCCCGUUGAUACUUGCAGUGAAUUCAGAAGGUAAUCACAGAGAUGAAAUCAAGUUAUCCAAGGAUUCUCUCAGAAAUGUCUCUUGUGUUGGCACUAAUACUUCAGAAUUUCUUCUACACCGAGACUUACCAUCCAUUCAUAACAUACGUCCUUCAGAUACCAUUGUUAGUGAAAAUUCCUUGUGUCACAUAGAAGGACCUAAGCUGAAAGAGCCAGAUAUUGAAGGAAAAUACCUUGGUAAACUUGAUGUUUCUGGAAUGCUUGAUUUAUUGGAGGAUGGAGAUGAUGCAGAUGAAGAAGAUGAAAAUAGUGACUCUGAGGAUGAUAUGAGAACUUUCCAUAUGCAUAGUCUUAGUUCAGACAGUGAAGAUGAAACUGUGCUUCAAGUUCCUGAGAUAUUUUCUGAUAACGAUGAUGGGAAACAUCUAAGAAGCUUGCUGAAACUUCCAAAGUCUCUUAAGUGUGAUGGGCCAUCUGAGUGUUGGAAAAGUGAGAAGAAGGCUGUAACAUUCUUUGAUGAUGUAACCGUCUAUCUGUUUGAUCAGGAAACGCCAACCAAAGAACUGGGAAAUCGUGCAGCGGACUCGAAACACAAGGGCCCUGAUGUCACUUCUGUCCCUUCUUCAGGUCUUAGUUAUUUGAAUAGAUUUACAAAUUCAGAAAGCUCUACUGAUGAAGAAGGUGGAGGUUUUGAAUGGGACGAUGAUUUCUCUUCCCCGGAGCCUUCUUUUAUAUCUAAGGCAGCAAAUAACCUCAUUAGUUCGAAGCCGUCUCUUCCAACAUCAAAGUACUUUUCCCCACCCCCACCUUCCCGGGGUCCUGAACAAAACUGGUCACAUUCAUCACCUUAUUCAAGGUUCUCUAUUUCUCCUGCAAACCUAGCAAGUCUUUCUCUCACACAUCUUACAGAUUCAGAUAUUGAGCAAGGAGGAAGUAGUGAAGAUGGAGAAAAAGAUUAGGCAGAUUCCCUGGAAUUAUGCUUGAGACGCAUUCUGGACUAAUAUCUGAUAAACUUGUGUGUCUGAAUUUAUAUGGCUCUGCGGAUGUAAAAUACAGAUAACUGAGAAAUACGAAGAAAUGAAAGUAAACACUGAAAGCAAUGUUCAAUCAGGACAUUCAUUUGAAUGUGUAUUUAACUUUGUAACAUAUUUUUAAAUCAGUGCAAUUUGCUUUUCAUUAUAAGAUGAUUCUGCCGCUGUUUUCAAGUACUUGAAGUAUUUUUCAGACAAUUGUAACAAACACUUAAAGCUAUUACACUACAUUAUGAUUUUAUGUAUGGGAUUGUAUAAUCUAUUUAUAUUUUUCCAUGUAGUUCAUUAUCUAUUUGAACAAACAUCUGUUGUAGAAUUCUGUAUAAUUGUCCUGUGCAACAGGAGUCUAUGUUGCUGAAACUGUAUGAAUGAUAGUUGGUAAGUAGUGAGCCAUAUUUAUUCUAAAAGAUAUCACUACAUGUUGUUUUGCUUACUGCGAUUGCACUAUGGAUUAUUCUUCCCAUAUUCCCCAAUAUUAUACAGAAUCAAAAUAUUAAGUUUUCCAAGGAAAA